AUGAUUCCAAUACGGAGUACUAGAUCUAUGACCAUUAUUUCCCUCGUCAAAGGUAUUCCUCCUCAAUUUUCAAGCCCAAGCCCAAGCCCAAGUCUAACUCUAAUCCCACCAAAUCCAUCUCUAAGAGUUUGUCAUGGUGCAAAGUUCUUCACAUUUGCAUCAUUACUCUUGCAUUCCCCUGAAGCCGUGGUUAUGUAUGAUCGACCCGCGAAGCCACCUCAAAUCUCUCCUCUGGAUAAAUUGCCGACGCACAUUCCGGCCAAUGAGCCUAUAUGUGCUUCUAUCUUCAGCAUCAGCAUUGCUUCUCCUGUUGGCGGCAUAGCCCCACUGUUAGCUGCCAUUAGCCUGCUUAGUUCCCCUCAAUCCACGGGCUCGGCGCUGGGGGCCAUCCCACUUCCCACAACCUAUCCUGAGCCCAAUCUCUGCGAUCAAAUCCUUCGUGCAGCGGAAAGUCCCAAACGGAGGCUACCAAGCUAG